AUGGAAGGAGGAGCAAAUGAGAGAGAAAUAGCCAAUGGAUUGGUGGAAAAACUUCAUGAAGCCAUCAAAACCUCAUCAGUGUCUUCAACAACCAUUGACAGAAUGUCUGACAAAGCAGCUGAAUUUGGCCUUUCUGUAGAUGAAUGCAGGUGUGAUGACCAAAAGAAGGCAGCUGAAAAGAUUGUAAAUGAUAUUCAAGAGCAAAGUGACUACAAGAAACAACAACUUCCUUUGCAAGGAGACAACUGGAAAAAGCUAUCACAAUUACAAAAGGAAGAAUGUAGAUUGAAGAAUUGUGGUGACUUAGGAGUGGAAGAGUAUAAAUGUCAGCUGCAGGAGAAGGAAAAGCAAAUCAAACAGGAGCAACGGAAAUGCAAACUGUCUGAAGGAAUGAAGACUUUUAUUGAGAAUUUAUCAACAAAUGACAAAAAAAAGAGAUUUUUUUUCCUGAAGUGGAUGAAACUCAAGCUUGAUACAAAAUCACGCAGCAAACUGUCUGUACUGCACAACAGUUUCAAACAGGCAAGCAAAAAGAGAGAUGCAAAACAAAUUGCAGAGUUGAAUGAAAUGAUGUUGAAUAGUUCUUUAGGAACAGAGCAUUACAUGAGAGAGAUGGGACUGAUCUACGAGUUUUCCUUUGACUCACAAGAAAGGACUGCUAGCACGUCUCAUCUGCCAGGUUUGGCUGCUGAAAUGCUGUUGGAUGGAUAUCCUUUAGAGCUCUUGGAUGGAGCUGCUUCCAAUAUCCCACAGAGAUGGGUCACAGAUGUGCUGAUGGAGCUCUACAAGAAGGUUGGAGAGAGGAGCAGAUUGUUGGUACUGACUGUGUUGGGGGUUCAAAGUUCAGGGAAGUCAACGCUCCUCAACACCAUGUUUGGUGUGCAGUUUCCUGUCAGCAGUGGCAGAUGCACAAGAGGAGCUUAUAUGGUCUUCCUUCCAGUGGGACAAGAUUUGAAACAAGAACUCAAUUAUGACUUUGUAGUUCUCAUUGACACAGAAGGUCUAAAAUCUCCUGACCUGGCACAACUAGAAGACCGUUAUGAACAUGACAACCAGCUGGCAACCUUUGUCAUUGGCUUGAGUGAUGUCACCAUCAUCAACAUUGCAAUGGAGAAUGCAACUGAAAUGAAGGAUGUCUUGCAAAUCACAGCUCAUGCAUUCUUGAGAAUGAAGCAAAUUGGGAAAAAGCCAGUUUGUCAUUUUGUCCACCAAAAUGUUGCAGGAGUCUCAGCUCAUUCCAAGUGCAUGACAGAAAGACAACAUCUCUUGGACCAACUCAAUGAAAUGACUCAAAUUGCAGCUGAAAUGGAAAGACAGUCCUCUAUCAAAGCAUUCACAGAUGUGCUGGACUAUGACAUAGAAAAAAACAACUGGAACAUCCCAGGACUCUGGCAUGGAACCCCUCCGAUGGCACCGGUGAACACAGGUUACAGUGAAGCUGUGGCAGAUUUCAAGAAAAAUCUUUUGGAGUCAAUGAAAAGUGACGGAGGCAAUGACCCUGCACAGAUCCCACAGUUUCUAGAGGGGGUGAAAAGUCUCUGGAAGGCAGUGAAGUACGAGAACUUCAUCUUCAGUUUCAGAAACACUCUUGUGGCUCAUGCAUAUAACAACCUUUGCAAAGACUUCACUCAGUGGGAAUGGGAGUUCAGAAAAGAGAUUCUCUCCUGGCAGACGGAAGCAGAGCAUUUAAAUCAAAAAUGCUGA